CCCAUAACAGCCAGCCUGCAGCAAGGAAGAGGCAGGCUGGCAACAACCAACAAUGCCUCGUAGACUUGAUGAAUUAUAUAAGAAAGGUAAGUCCCUCUAAUAACGAUAUACUAGGCAUUCGUAAUAGUAUUCUCUCUUUACUAAGUUUUUCAACCGUUUGAACCUUUUACUGCAUCGACGACUGAGCAAUGGGGGAUUUACGACCCGAAAACUAUUGUAUCAUAUGGAUCGCACCAUUAGAAAUCGAGGCAAAAGCCGCUUUGUAUAUGCUAGAUAAUAGGCAUGUCGGCGGAUUUCCAAUGGCCCGCGGCGACGAUUACGUAUUCCAAGCCGGCGACAUGUGCGGACAUAAUGUUGUAAUUGCGACUCUUCCGCCUGGUCAGGAGUAUGGGACGGGAUCAGCCGCUGCCCUUGCCAGUCAGGCAAAGAAGUUUUUCCCCAACUUCUGGUUUGGUCUUCUAGUAGGCGUGGCUGCUGGUAUUCCUGAUCUCAAACAAGACCCUAAACGAGACAUUAGAUUAGGUGAUGUUCUUGUCAGCAUCCCAGAUAUGGACCGUCCGGGAGCUGUGGCAUACGACUUGGGUAGAGAUAAGGGGGGCGAUACGCCUCAGCUUCUACGGAAUGGUCAUAUUCUUGCUCAGACCGAGUCAGUUGUAAGGUCCGCUAUUGGCAGUAUCAAACUUAAUUCACCGGAUGAGGCCAGACUGUUUCUUCCAUUUUACGAAAAUAUGAAGGACAAGAGGCAUGCGAACGGGAACUUUAUUGAUCCUGGGCAAGAUCGCGACAAUUUCUAUCAAGUAGGAGACAACGGUAUCGAGCAUAUAGUAGAAAGACCAAAGCGGCCUGCUUCAGAACGCACCAGAGUGUGGUAUGGUCCAAUAGGGUCAGGAGAGAAACUCAUGAGGAGUGCUUCGAAGCGAGAUAUGUUGAGAGAUAAGUAUGGCAUUAUUGGCCUAGAGAUGGAAGCAGCAGGCGUUAUGAAUCGACUUAAUGUCGGCGUCAUCAGGGGCACAUGCGACUACGCAGAUGAACACAAGAACAAGGACUGGCAACCAUAUGCCGCGGCCAUUGCGGCGGCAUAUGCCAAAGCACUCUUGUUUCAAAUUCCACCAAGCCAGGCGCCGAAUCGUCCGGUGCCACCAGGACGUGACCAACAUGGUGCCCCUGCGAAUAAUGGGCGAGGUCAUGAUGUAGCCGAAGAUGUAUCUGAGAGGGAAGUAAUUAUCUUCAGGGGUCGGGGCAACCAGAAUAUAGGCUCUGGAAGCAUUUCAAUUGGUGGAGGGCAGCACAUUUCUUGAUUUUUGAGAUAGGGGAAUUGUAUUUUCCCUGGCCUGGGGCUGAAGAUGUUUCCUUAAUCUUUUCCUUAACUGUAUGAGAGUAAGGGCUUGGAGGAUAAUCAACAAGAACGAUACGGUGACGCCUAUCUCUCGAUAGUGAGUGUGUUAUUCAUAGCUUUUCCCUAGGCUACUAUACAUACAUAAUAGACAAGCUGCUGCUUCUAGACCUUCAUAGAAUAUUAGUGGGAGUAGUAGUAGCUAAGGCUUCGGACUCCCGAGCUAGGUAAAACACGGCGCAAUUUAGAG